CGAUCGCAAAGAUGCUCAAGCGCAAGCGAGACGACGACACGGAGAAUGAGAUCAUGCAUGUGAACGGACGACACCAUGCAAUGGGCAUCAACGAUCGUCCCUCCGCAGUCGUCGAAGUUGCUGUUGGGGUGUCGGUGCUUGUAUUCGGGAAGCAUGCAGCGGUGGUGAGGUACAUGACAAAUUCCGCGGAGCCCCCUCUUGUGGGUGUCGAAUUCCUUCGGCCAGUGGGCAAUUGCGACGGUAUGUGGAAUUCCAAGCGCUUCUUCCAGUGCAAGUUGAACCGUGGCAUGUUUGUGCGCAAGGACCAGGUUGAGCCUUUCUCUACGCGCGAUGCGGCGGCGUGCACCCUCCAAGCCAUGUGGCGUCGUCGAAAGCAAACGUUGGCGUUCAAAACACUUGUGCUGACCCAAACGUGGAACACAUUGGACAACCACCAAGAACAGCUCAACCUCAAGCGCGCCGAGCAGACCAAGUCCGCGUGCGACGCGCUCUCGAUCCUGGCCAAGGAAUUGGUGCUGUCCAAGCCCCCACUCCCGCGAACUCUUUCCGAGCUGCCGACGACGUACGAUGGCCCCGAGUUGCACUGGCCCCUCACACUCCCAAAUGUCCUCUCCAUGAUGGAGCACUUCAAAUUAGGCCACGUCAUGCAUGCCACAUAUGUGAUGGAGGUGCUGGCACAAGCUACGCCCCUCUUCAAAGCAUCCCCGACCUUGCAGCACGUGGACGUCGGACCUACUGACCGACUGACCAUCAUUGGCGAUUUGCAUGGUCAAUUGCAGGACUUGUACUGUAUUCUGCUGACCAACGGGCUACCGUCGGGGACCAACAAGUACCUGUUCAACGGAGACUUUGUGGACCGAGGUCACUUUGGAGCGGAAGUCGUGCUCGUCUUGCUGUGCUUUAAACUGCUAUAUCCUAACGGAGUGUUCCUAAACCGAGGGAAUCACGAGUCGCGCAACCAGAACUCGUGGAUGGGGUUUGAAGAAGAGAUUCUGCGCAAGUACAACACCACACCAACCACCGCCACAACCAACCAAGCCGUGACCGUCUUGGCGGGGUUCCAGGACAUGUUUGACACGUUGCCACUGUGUGCGCUUGUGCUAAAUCGCAUCUUCAUCGUGCACGGCGGGCUCUUCUCGGCGCGUCACGUCACGCUGGACCAACUCAACCACGUCGACCGGUUCCGCGAACCCCCGCUGCAUUCCAAGCUCGACCAAGAUCGGUUGUUUGAAGAGAUGUUGUGGAGCGACCCCCGCACGAUUCAUGGCCAACAAGCGUCGGUGCGCGGGGCGGGCGUCGAAUUCGGCGAAGACGUGACCAACGAAUUCUGCAGUGUGAACAAGGUAGCGCUCGUGAUUCGAUCGCACGAGUGUGUGCCGGAAGGGUACGCGGUGCUGCAUGGCGGGCGGCUCAUCACGCUGUUCUCAGCGUCCAAGUACUGCGGCACGCAGAUGAACAAGGGUGCAUUUUGCAGUCUCAAAGCCGACUGCCGGCCUGAAAUCCAGCAGUUUAUUGCGCCGCCGCUUCACACGUACAGUCGGGUCAAGCCCAUGUUUCCCCAGUACAACAGCGUCGGCGGCGACCUCCAUUUGGCUCAUGAGGUCGUCAACGAAGCCGACAUGUCCGCUGACACGACGAUGCAUGCGUCGCUGGAAGAAGACUCGCUGCGCAUGAUUGCCGAGCGCAUUUGCGAACACAAGUCGGACCUGUUUCGGUACUUUACCCAGCACGAACAUGCGGCCAGGAACGGCCGCGUGUCCCGCGUCGUGUGGGCCGACGCGCUCAAAGCCGAGCUCAAGCUGGACCUGCCCUUCCUUCUCUACCAGUCCAAGCUCGUGGACGUGGAAGCGGACAACACGAUCAACUACUCCAAGUUCUUGUCCCGGUAUCGCAUUGAAAACCCCGCGAUGGACUCGACGGGAUGGCAAGCCAAUAUGAUUGCCACGAUUUGCAAAAAACUGUAUCGGGCCAUGGGCGCCGGCAGCAUCCAACAUGCAUUUCAGAUCUUUGACACGGACGCAAGUGGGUCGAUAGAAUACGACGAGUUUGCCCAUACAUUGAAGCAAUUGGAUACCGGACUGUCCGAUAAACAGGUAAGCUCUCGGUAUAUCACACCUCUCAAAUGUCUCGAAUAGUAGUAGAACUAGUAGUACUAGCACGGCAUUCUACUUGGGUUAGAUUUACGAAUUGAUGCGCACGGCCGACACGAACGACGACGGGCGGCUCGACUUUAAGGAAUUCGUAUCCCGCUUUGAAGUGAUUUUCAAACAUGUACGGGCUCCCAACCGACUAGCGAGCAGCCCCCCGACAUCGCCAUUGGCAUCAUCAUGCGCCGCCGCCGACAUGAUGAGUCCCUCCAAGCUCCGGCGGCGCAAGUCGUCCAUGGAUGCAGACAUGCCCGGGAUCGUUCCUAGUAGUAGUAGCAGUACUAGUAGUACUACUAGUAGGCCGAUGUCCCCACUUCCUCCACAAAUGUACAAUCAACACCCUCUGGACAAGGACACGAUGGUCGCGCUCCUCGAUAUUGGCAAGGCGGUGCUUUCCCUAGACCAGUCGCUCGACGCUGUGUUCCAGUCGUUCGACACGAACGGCGACGGCGUGCUCCAGCGGGACGAGUUUGAGGCGGCGCUGACGUCGCUGGGCAUUGCGAUGCCCGCUGCGCUGCUACACAAGGUCGUCGCGGCCAUCGACUUGGACGGGGGCAACACGAUCGACUACAAGGAGUUUCUGGCGGCGUUCAGCGUCGCCGACAUGCGGACGGACCGGCGGGGGGUGGGGGACGAGAUGACGUGGCAGGACACGAUCCUGCAGCAGGUCGCGGGGCUGUUUUACCAGCACCGCAUCCACAUCCGCAUGUGCUUUCGCCUGUUCGACCAGGACAAUUCGGGCUGCAUCGACCGCGACCAGUUCCGGACGGGCAUUGCCGAGUUCAACACGAUCCUCGACUCGCCACUGAGCGCCGACCAAAUCGACGCGCUGCUGGUGCAUCUCGACAAGAACGGCGACGGCGUGAUCAGUUACAAGGAGUUUUUAGAAGGGUUCCAAGUCGUGAGCAUGGAGUCGUAACUAGCUCGAAGAUGUUUGAAUCCACGAGGACAGCACUGCACGACCUCGUGUAUGUCAAAGUGUCCUGCAGAGUGUCCUGCCGCCCAUGAGUCGGUAGUGCAUAGUGGAGGCCACCACCCGCUCCAUCAUCGUCUCAACGGGCACCGCGCCACAACCAAUGACACACACUCUUGAACUUCACCUUCCCAGAGGUCCAAACAAUCUAUCUACGAUAAUGUAUACGAUACAAACGGCA